UGGUCAGCUGAUCUAGAAUAAAAGCUGCUAAUAAGAUGGCUACUGUUGAGAAGUUAAAAAGAAGGCAGCUAGCUUCUCUUAGAAGAAGCAUUUGCUGGAUAUAGUGACUCAUAAGCUUAGGAUAGGAUAAAGUAAGGUUUAUUGAAGGCAGGCAUGGGAGAAAACGAUUCACCAAAUUUAAACAAAACCUGUUGUAGGAGAGAGAUGGCUUAAAGAGAGAAUUACUGGUGGUGAGCUGUAUUUCAAGAUGAAGAAAUUAGGGAAUUAUCUAGAAUGUCUGGACGUGGAAAGAAAAAUGUGGUGGCCGCAAAACCUACAGUUCUAUCAAGAAAAACAAAGUCAGCGAAGGCUGGUCUGCAAUUCCCAGUGGGUCGUAUCCACCGGCUUCUCAAAAGAGGGAACUAUGCUGAGAGAAUAGGUGCUGGCGCUCCUGUUUACCUGGCGGCUGUGCUGGAAUAUCUGAUUGCUGAGAUAUUGGAACUGGCAGGAAAUGCUGCCCGUGAAAACAAGAAAAGCAGGAUUGGGCCACGACACAUCCAGCUGGCCGUGAGGAAUGACGAAGAGCUGAACAAGCUGUUUGCCGAUGUGACCAUUGCUGAAGGAGGAGUUAUGCCCAACAUCCUUUCCCAGCUUCUUCCCAAGAAAACUCUUAAAGAUCCUUUACCAAGAGAGGAUGCUACUGCUUCCCAGGAAGAAUCCAGUAACCACUGACUUACUCCUGCCUUUCCUUUGACUCGUGUUUAUCAAUGCUCUAUAUGUGCUAACACUGCUAAAUAUUACUCAGGGUGAUUUGUUUUAAUGUUUGUGUGUCUUUUAGAUGUUUGUAAUAAACUUUCUAGAAUUCAGCAGUUAACUCGAUCUAUUCUUUCCCUUCAGGGAGAAGGGAGAAUGAACUUUCUCCAGGAAAAGUCUAGGUUGCAGCUCUUAAACAAACAACGUGCUUCUUUAGCACUUUCAAAGCAAGCAUGCUCAGAGGCAAGCUAGCCUGGCCUCCGAGCCUGUGUUAGACUCCAAGGUCUAACUAAAUCUCCAAAAAGAAGAGUGUGGGGAGAGCACAGAUUCUUUGCAUCUAUGGAUGUAAUGAAAGUGAGAGGCCUCUGUAGUGGGGAGGGAUGAAGGGAAAUGGAAGACCUCUGCUUUUACAUGCUAAAAUAAUGACAAAUCCAUCUUCAUAUAUUAACUUGUAAUGGAGAAGUUGAGUCCAAUACCUUUAAUGGUCAUGCACACUGUAGAAUGGAUUUAUUACUCCCUGAUCAGCUAAAAGCCAUUGUGUUUGGUUUUUUUUU